CGCCGCGAUGAUAGUCAGCUACUUCAUCCCUGCCUGACAACCUUUGAUCGACUUCCUCUCUCUGAGCGCCAAUAUGAUGUAACACUGGCCUAUGAGACUCUAUGUACCAUCGUCGGUCUCGGCUUCAGUAUUGGAUAUGAAGCUCCGCCGGAGGGCACACGCAUCCGCACGCUUAAGUUGCCUGCCAGGUAUAUUGUUUUAUGUGAUGAUCAGAAAGUGCCUGUGGACUUUGUUCUACAAUUGUUUGGCCUCCUUCGCUCCUUAUGCUUCUAA